CUUCUCGUCUUGGUAACAACUGUAGAAGUGUGGGAGGUAAUGAGGUAACCCGCAACUCUUAUUGCUUCAUUCUCCUGGUAUCCUCUCAACCAAGAACUCCACCUAGACAUAGCUAAGAUGGCUCCCCUCGUGCUUCUAGUCUUCGGAUACAUCGCUCUGAUUCGGGGCCAAGCAGUUCCUACCUACGAUCCUCAUUUACCCAUUCAGCUUCCAACGCAGUCUACCUCUACAGUCACCGAAAAGACUACUGUAACUCAUACACUGAGGGAGACCACCACGUCAGACGUGUGGGUGACUGAUCAAACAGUUGUCACAUUGACAGUAACGCAAGCAUCCACUCAAUGGGACUUCUUGCCUCAACAGCCACAAACAGUAACCUCUGUCAUGAGAAUCACUUCCACACCGGUAGUGGUAGUGACCGCUACAGCUGUAACCAACUCGGUGAGAACAGUGGUGUCAGUCUUCAGUCAGUUCGUCACUGUUACAGACACUGUAAAAUACUGGCAAACAAUAACUCACGUUGCAGUCUCUCACGAGAUUCAGACUGUUCCUGUUGUCACUACACAAGAACUACUACAAGAGAUAAUAACUACUGUUACACAGAUUUUAACUACUACAGUUACUUCGACAACUGCUCGCUUCUAUAAUUGAUUUCUUGCUUCUACUGGAUGAAGACUUAAAUCUGACGUUAUUACUGUAUUUAAAUUAAAUUUUGCACUGAA